AUGCAGUCGUUGCGCCAGUAUAAACAACUCAGGCAGGCUGUCCAAAGGCAACUAGAGAGAGACACAGUCAAGGCUAAAGCACUAUCCGCAUAUACUCAACAACAUGGACUCGAAAAACGGGAGGAGGCCCAAAUCUUUGGUGGUCAACCUCUGGAGGAAGUCGAAUCACCCAGCCGCGACGAGGAAGCAAAUGAUGACGAGGAAGCACUUGACGCAAUAGCCGAAGAUGAAAUGGAAGACUCUUAUCCUGAAGCCGACAAUCAGAACGAACUUAACAGGAUAAACACCAGCAGGAGUCACCACGCAGAUCUAACCAAAACCAAGAGUGAGAAUGCCGAU